UUUUCCUUCCUUCAACCACCACUACAGCGUCGCCGUUGAGCUCAACGACGAGCCCCAUCCAUCCGUCGUAGGCGAUGGCCUCAAAUACCACCCAGGCAAUCGCUUCAGGCGACUUGGUCGACCUUGUUUCUUCCUCUGGAGCUGCCACAGUCUAUCCCAGUGACGACUCCGUCCUUUCCGUUCUUCAAGCUCGCUUUCGAGCCGAUCUUCCUUAUACAAGAAUCGGGGCAACCAAUUUGGUCGUCGUCAACCCUUACAAAACACUUGCCAGUGUCAACAAUGCCAGCGCAAAGGAAUACGAGGAGAGGUGCUAUAGAGAUACAAAUUUGCCGAUGGUGGAUUCGCCAAAACCGUUGCAACCUCAUUUGUACGACCUGGCAGCUAGGAUUUAUCUUGUGAUGAGGCGUAGAAACGAGAGUCAGACUGUGUUAGCGAGAGGAAUAACAGGUUCCGGGAAGACUUCUAGCCUACGUCUUCUGACAAAUCAAAUUCUCCGGAUCUCUUCCCAUUCCAAACAAGAGUUCAAGGUUGCUGAGCAGGUGAAGGCAUUAAAUGUCGUCCUGGAUUCCUUUGGCAACUCCAAAACCCUCAUGAACCCCAAUGCCUCUCGUCACAGUCGCUACAUUGAACUUCACUUCACACCACGUGGCCGUAUUUCCUCUGCUAAGGCCCUUACAUUCGGCCUUGACAAAUCUCGAGUCAACCGGCUCACUCAUGAAGAGCGAUCUUUCCAUGUCUUUUACCAGUUCAUUGCCGGCUGCACUUCGGCUGAAAGAGACGCGUUGAGUAUAGAGGACGUAUCUGACUAUGCUCUCCUCGCCUCAUCAGGCACUUACCGUCUCCCUGCUGGACCGUUUAGCGACGACUCAAUCGCGAUGGGCGAUCUUCGUGCUGCGAUGCGGACGCUAGGUUUCAAACCAAAGGCAACCCAAUCCAUUUUCUCACUGCUCAUCACAAUCCUUUUAUUGGGAAAUCUCCACUUCGUCGACGGAGACAUGCACGAUGUAUCUGCUUACGUGUCCAACCCCCAGGUACUAGAACAGGUAUCACGGCUAUUAGGUGUCGCACCGGAAGAGUUCAGUCAGGUACUGACCAACAAGACGAGUUACGUUCGCAAAGAGCUUUAUACGGCUCUCCUGAGCGCGCAGCAGAGUUCAGUCCAACGGGAUUCGUUUAUCAGAGAUCUCUAUGCGAUCCUAUUCGCAUUCGUCGUAGAGACGGCAAAUCACAAGCUAGCACCCUCUUCCAAAGACUCACCUCCUCAUUCCCAGAUCAUUCUUCUCGACCAACCCGGCUAUCAGUCUCGCGGACCGCAAGGCACUUCUUCAGUGGCCCUAGCGGGCAAGCAACCGCUUGUCUCUGCCUAUGGACAUAAUCAUUUUGACGAGCUGGUCAUCAACAUCAGCGAUGAGAUGCUUCACUCUUUCGUUCUUCGUCAUACGUUCGAGGAUAACAUCGGGUAUAACGGAAACAUGAGCUCGGACGGUAUCACACUCCCUUCUAUUUCCACUAUGGAUAACUCGGCUUGCGUAGAACUCCUUCGAGGUUCUAAUGUCGUUGAAAAACCUCUCAGGAAACCUGGUGGUUUACUAGGCUCAUUCAACCGAGCUUCCAGUGCUUACAAAGCUGGGAAGGGUAACGAGCACCGUAAUGAGGACCUACAUCAAGAACUUGUUACAAAGUAUGGUGUUCAUGCAUCCUUUGUCGCCUCUCCUUCACAAGGUGGCGCAGCCGAUCGCGGCCUUUUUGGAAUCAAUCACUAUGCUGGUACAUGUGUUUACAACGUCGCAGACUUUGUGGAGCGUGACACGGACCUGGUGGAUGCGGCAUUCGUCACCCUCCUGAGAGGUUCGUCCGAGCCAUUCAUUGCCAAGUUGUUUUCAGGACCUGGAGUGGCGGCUGAGAGGCAUGUGAUGGACGAGAAUAUCGUAGUCCAAGCUCAAGUCAUGAGUCGACCAAUGCGGACUGCUACACCCAUCGCCAACGCAAGCACGGUGGUCAGGGAAAGCGUCAACUUUGGAAGACCGUCGACGGAUCUCGCUAGCACAGGAGAUGAAAAGCCAGAGUUAGAUCGAGGCAAGACGUACCCAAUGUCUACGCAAGUCAGCUUCACUUUAUCGGAGUUAUUGGCUGAGGUUCAUCGAACACGAUUGUGGACGAUGUCAUGUAUCCGCCCUAAUGACUCUGGUUCCCCCAACUCGUUUGACAAGCGGCGAGUCAAAGCUCAAAUACGAUCCCUUCUUCUCCCCGACUUGGCGUCACGGAGAAGUGUUGAGUUCGUGACUGAUUACGAGUUGCACAUUUUCUGUGAAAGAUAUGUCCCGACCAUGCAAGGUAGCGAUGGAGAAAGGAUUACGCAGUUUGUUAGAGCUAAUGGGUGGAAGGAGGGUGUCGACUUCCACAUCGGGCAUAGGUGUGUCUGGUUGGCUUAUGAUGCCUGGAAAAUGGCAGAGGAUGGUGUAAGGAGGUCUGAAAAGGAAGGGAAAAGACUGUUGGGUGAAGCGGGGAUGGCCGACGAUGAAGAAGUUACAAGCGAUACUGGAGGACAUGACGAGAGAGAGCGAGACGAUGAUGCUACCGACUACACGCAUGAUACUGGCUAUCGUGAUGUACAUCAUGGGAGCAGCAGAGGAUUGUCUUCGCGAAGGAUGGAUGGCGAGAGCGAGGACAACUUGUUGUUACACAGAACAGGGACCAACGGUACUCAAUAUCGCGACCCCAAUCAUCAGAAUCUGCCUGGGUAUGGUCAGGGAGGGCUGUCGACGCCGGUACUCGGGAGUCAACCCGUUCAUAGCGAUGGUGAUGACGGGGGUGCAUGGGGAGGAUCAGAGUGGGAGCAGAGGGAUCGUGCUGCGGGUGGCAUGGGGAAUAUUCCACCUCAUCAGACCUCAAAGGAAGCUGGCGAUGGGAUGAUUGUGAAAGAGGCGACUAAUGCUGUCGAAGAGGUUCCUACAACCAAGAUACGCAGGGUCUGGCUUUGGGUUGUAUGGGCCUGCACCUGGCUGAUUCCGUCAUUCUUACUGAGUUUCCUGGGAAGAAUGAAACGGCCAGAUAUACGACUCGCAUGGCGAGAAAAAGUCACCAUUUUCUGGCUUAUCUUUCUGCUCAACGGCGCCGUCGUUUUCUAUAUCGUCGGGUUCCCAAAACUCCUUUGCCCGGACUUCGACAAAGCCUGGAGUCCCAGUGAAGUCUCAGGCCAUGUCGAGUCCAACGAUUUCUUCGUCUCCAUACAGGGUAGUGUUUAUGACGUUUCAGACUUUAUUGGAGGCCCUCACAGUGACAUGCCAGGGAUUGCGAGUAAUGGAGCUGACACGCUGGCGGCGAUUGCUGGACAGGAUCUGACACCUUACUUCCCCUACCCUCUCCCUCAAGCCUGUGAAGGUCUUGUUUCCAAGCAAACUGUUGUACUGCAAGUCCAAAACUUUUCCGAUCCUGCCCCAACUGCCAAGCAUGACUCCGGUGUAAAUGCUCGAGACCCGACAAGCAAACUUCAUAACAAUGAUUGGUACACGUCCAGAUAUCGUCCGAAGAUCAAGCAAUUUUAUAAAGGCCCUCUCGUCUAUGAUAUGAAAAAGCACAUUCAGGCUUAUGCUCAGGAUCAAACAAUGCAAAAGAUGUGGGGGGUUUACCAGGAGAAUGUCAUUGACCUUACCGACUAUUUCUACACUCAGAAUCUACACCUGAAUGACCCUGAUUACAAGUUUCUGAAUGAGGAUGUUGAGGACGUUUUCAAGCAGAGGAAAGGGCAGGAUAUUACUGGUCCUUUGGACGCCGUCUUUGCCAAAAUGGAUGUCUCCACGAAGGCACAGAAUUAUAACUGUCUUUUCAAUGCAUUCUAUGCGGGUAAGCGUGACUUCAGGACUUCGGCCAGGUGCACGGCGUCCAAUAUCACACUGUUGGUUGCGGCCGGUUUCAUUAUGGCGUCUAUGGCUCUGAAGUUCCUUGCCGCGUUACAACUCACAUCUCGCCGCACCCCGGAAUUGCAAGACAAGUUCGUUCUAUGCCAGGUGCCUUGCUACACUGAAGGCGAAGAUUCCUUGCGUCGGACUAUCGACUCUCUCGCUGCUCUCGACUACGAUGACAAGCGGAAACUCAUCUUCAUUAUUUGUGAUGGUAACAUUACGGGAAGCGGAAACGAUCGUACCACUCCCCGUAUCGUCUUGGAUAUUCUUGGUGUCGACCCUAAACUUGAUCCCGAGCCACUCCUCUUCAAGUCGAUUGGUGAGGGUUCAAAAGCCCUUAACUACGGCAAGGUUUAUUCAGGGCUAUAUGAGUUUGAGGGUCACGUCGUCCCGUAUAUGGUCGUCGUGAAGGUAGGCAAACCUACGGAAAGGUCCAAGCCAGGAAACCGUGGUAAACGAGACAGCCAGAUUCUGCUGAUGCAUUAUCUCAACCGAGUGCACUUCGACGCCCCAAUGACCCCUCUGGAGCUCGAAAUAUACCACCAGAUGCGGAAUGUCAUUGGUAUUGACCCGGCGUUCUAUGAAUAUAUCUUCACUGUCGAUGCGGAUACGUCCGUGACUCCCGACUCACUCAAUCGAUUAGUAGCCUGUUGCGCGGAUGACUCGGCUAUUAUUGGUGUAUGCGGUGAGACCAAACUCGAUAACGAAGAGAAUUCCUGGACAACGAUGAUUCAAGUUUACGAGUACUACAUUUCGCACCAUCUGUCCAAGGCGUUUGAGAGUCUGUUCGGUUCUGUCACCUGUCUCCCUGGUUGUUUCUCUUUAUAUCGCAUUCGGACAGCAGACAAAGGUCGGCCUAUCAUCAUCUCCAACCGUAUUAUCGAUGAGUACGCGGAACCCAACGUCGAUACGCUGCACAAGAAGAAUUUGUUUUCUCUUGGUGAAGAUCGUUUUUUGACGACACUGUUAAUGAAACACUUCCCCUCGUUCAAGACCAAGUUCACCCCUGAUGCUGUCGCUCGUACGAUUGCUCCCGAUUCUUGGCGGGUGCUGUUCUCCCAAAGGCGACGCUGGAUUAACUCGACCGUUCACAAUCUGUGCGAGUUGGUCAUGUUACCGGAGUUGUUUGGAUUCUGCUGUUUCUCGAUGAGAAUAUUUGUUUUCAUCGAUUUGCUCAGUACCAUCAUCUUGCCCGCCACAGUGGUUUAUCUUGUCUACCUCAUUGUCACCGUUGCCACGCAUGCUGCUCCUUUACCUAUGAUUGCUAUCAUCAUGAUUGCGGCUGUUUAUGGCUUACAAGCGAUAAUUUUCAUCCUCAAACGUGAAUUCAUGUUGAUCGGUUGGAUGGUGGUUUAUAUACUUUCGUAUCCGAUCUACAGUUUCUUCCUCCCGAUUUAUUCGUUCUGGUGUAUGGAUGAAUUUGGUUGGGGUAACACUCGCCUUGUGAUUGGAGAAGGCAAGGAUAAAAAGGUCAUUAUCAAUGAGGACGAGAAAUUCGACGACUCGAUGAUUCCGUUGAAGAAGUUCAGUGAAUAUGAAGCCGAAGCAUGGGAAUCCGCCUCUCGCCACUCAGAAGAAACUGGUUAUAGCAAGUCGCGGUCUCACGCACCUCCAUCGCAGUCUCACGAAGACUUCCAUAACGCAUCGCAAGCCGGCGACUACUACCGUGACACGAACUUGACGAUGAACAAUAGCUCCAACCCCAAUCUCCGACUGGGCAGCAAAGCAUCGAAUAGCAAUUUGUCCCACCAUGGAGGUCAACUACCCAUGUCGCAAUUUGGUGGACCAUUCAUGGGUGGCGGAUUCGGCGGUGGUGGUUCUGUUCAUGGGUCCGAUUACGGAGGUCAUACGAUGCCUAUGAUGCCUCAAAUGAUGCCUUACCAAGGCACAGGAAGUAUGUAUGGCAUGAUGCCCAGUAUGGGUCCCCAGAGCAUGAUGUUGGGUAACUUUGGUAUGAUGCCGACAGGUGGUAGUUUCGGUGGCUCUCAGUCUGGACACUCUAUGACUGGCGGCUUUGCUCCACCGACGAUGCCGGCUGCUCAACAGCGGAUGUCCACGUUCUCUCUCGCCACGACAGUCAAUCCUUUCGCUGGCGGUCCUAGCACGCCGAGCUCGAAUCCUAAUCCAAGCGACGAGGAACUAUUCACUGCCCUUCGGCAAUACCUCAGCACCCAGGAUUUAAUGACGGUCACGAAGAAGACUGCGCGGGAAGCCAUCAUGGCGCGCUUCCCCCAGGCGGACCUCAUCUCUAGAAAGGACUUCCUUAACAAGUCUAUUGACACUAUACUCGCAGAGACAUAAAACACAUCAUCGUCAUUUUUGGAUCUUUUCUCUGCUAUCCUUCACUAUUUUUGAUUACCUUAGAAACGCUCGUUUUUUGUUACUUGUUUUCUCCAUCCUGCUUUGCAUUGCACCACGGACUCUUUUUUAUGUCAUUAUUGACUUAAAUCAUGUGUAGUAACUCGAACAACCAUCCUCUCCUUGUCAUUGGACUUUUUUUUUUUCACUUAUGAUAUGUCGAGUAAUCCUAUAUAUAAUGGGACAAAGAGACCUGAUUAUCAGCGAUUAUCAGCGAUUAUCUCCAAAAAAUGAUCUAUGCGACAGGACCAGGGUAAAUUAAAGCGGAGAUCGAAAUUUCCUGUGCACACGACGCCUUCCACCACUUUUCUCUUUACCCUUUCCCCCACAGCUUGCCUUUUCCCUUCCCUCUGUAUCCCUGCUAUAGCUUUUUUUUGUUUUGUGAGUGUCUGAGCUGUUAUUGCAGAUUUUGAUUUCCCCUUUGUGCUUGGGGCUUAACUUUUCUUCUUCAGAGAUACCAA